AUGGCCACUCGAACCCUUCAACUCAUCUCCUAUCGCAAUUCUUCCAAACAGCGAGCGCACUUUGCAAUUUUUGUCCCGUCCGGUGCCAAUCCCGAUCUGGGGACUUUGAUUCACGUUGUCGGCGCACCUAUGGCUGGUUAUAUGCUCGAAUUCAAGCGGAACUACUCUCCAACCAUGACCCAGGAACGGCACGAAAUGUACCCCAUUGGAGAGGUUUUUGCAGCCAAUAUAGUCGAAUCUACGAGCAACGACCGAAGCAGAGACAAUAAACCUAGAGAUAAACUUGAGCGCGAAGCAGCCCAGGUGGCCCCAUCUCGUAUCAGCGAAAACUUCAGGGCUCCUGUAAACGAUUAG